AUGCUUCUAGUUACGGCUGUUCCACCAUGUACGCCCCAGUCGAGAUCAACUGGAACAUUGCUUAGCGUUACCAAUCCAACGUCGUCCAAUUAUCCGACUUACACUUGUUAUGCAUACACUUGGGUGGCCACUGGAUCAUCAGCAACAUUAUCCUUUUUUUUUCGUCAUGAUCCCGGUGGUUGGAUGCUAGACGACGUUAAAGUUUAUCACGGUUUAACACAACUAAUUACAAAUGGGGGAUUUGAAAACGGUGCUCUAAAUGAAUGGAUCUAUUCAGGUUCAUGUAACUAUAACACUGGUGUGGCGUACUACCAAAGUAGUUAUGCUAAAUCGGGAAACUAUUACUAUUACGAUCGGUGUGCAAAUUAUGGCGACACAAUAAGCCAAGCUUUUCCAACAGUUGUCGGUCUUUUCUAUUUUCUUGGUUCAAUAGUUAACUUUAGUCAAGAACCAGAUGUUCAUUUUAAAUAUAUUCAAGCAGCAUGUAAAACAGGUCAAAUAAAAGAAGUUGAACGUAUUUGUCGUGAAUCAAAUUGUUAUGAUCCUGAACGUGUUAAAAAUUUUCUUAAAGAAGCAAAAUUAACUGAUCAAUUACCAUUAAUUAUUGUUUGUGAUCGUUUUAAUUUUGUUCAUGAUCUUGUUCUUUAUUUAUAUCGAAAUAAUUUAAUGAAAAAUAUUGAAAUAUAUGUUCAACGAGUUAAUUCAGGUCGUUUACCAGUUGUUGUUGGUGGUUUACUUGAUGUUGAUUGUAGUGAAGAUCAAAUAAAACAAAUCAUACUUUCAGUUCGUGGUAAUUUUAAUGUUGAUGAACUCGUUGAAGAAGUUGAAAAACGAAAUCGAAUGAAAUUACUGUUACCAUGGCUUGAAACUCGUGUUCAUGAUGGUAGUAAUGAUCCUGCUGUUCACAAUGCAUUAGCUAAAAUAUAUAUUGAUUCAAAUAGUAAUCCAGAAAAAUAUCUUCGUGAAAAUCCUCAUUAUGAUAGUCGAGUUGUUGGCAAAUAUUGUGAAAAACGUGAUCCGCAUUUAGCUUGUGUUGCAUAUGAACGUGGUGGUUGUGAUAUGGAACUUAUUAAUGUUUGUAAUGAAAAUUCAUUAUUUAAAAGUGAAGCACGAUAUUUAGUACGUCGAAAAGAUCCAACAUUAUGGGAACAUGUUUUAAGAGAAGAUAAUCCAUAUCGACGACCAUUAAUUGAUCAAGUUAUUCAAACAGCUUUAGCUGAAACACAAGAUCCAGAAGAAAUAUCUAUUACAGUUAAAGCAUUUAUGACAGCUGAUUUACCAAAUAAUUUAAUUGAAUUAUUAGAAAAAAUUGUUAUUGAUAAUUCUGUAUUUAGUGAACAUCGUAAUUUACAAAAUCUACUUAUAUUAACAGCAAUUAAAGCUGAUCGUACACGUGUUAUGGAUUAUAUAAAUCGUUUAGAAAAUUAUGAUGCACCUGAUAUAGCUAAUAUUGCUAUUAGUAAUCAAUUAUAUGAAGAAGCUUUUUCAAUUUAUAAAAAAUUUGAAGUUAAUACAUCAGCUAUUCAAGUACUUAUUGAUCAUAUUAAAAAUUUGGAUCGAGCUCAUGAAUUUGCUGAACGUUGUAAUGAACCUGGUGUCUGGAGUUUAUUAGCUAAUGCUCAAAUACGUAAUGGUCUUGUUAAAGAAGCUAUUGACUCAUUUAUUAAAGCUGAUGAUCCAACAUCAUAUCUUGAAGUUGUUAAUGUUGCAUCACAAAAUCGUAAAUUUAAUUUUUAUUUUGAACGAUACAAAAAAAAAAACUGUUCACUUGUUUUUCUUGUUUAUGUAGAAAGUUGGGAAGAUUUGGUUCGAUAUUUACAAAUGGCUCGUAAGAAAGCCCGAGAAACAUUUGUUGAAACAGAAUUAGCAUUUGCUUAUGCAAAAACAAAUCGUCUUGCGGAACUUGAAGAAUUUAUUUCAGCACCUAAUCAUGCACAAAUUCAAGCAGUAAGAAUAAAGAUAAAUAAAUAUAUCUGA